GCUGGUUGGUGGAGAUUGUUGGGUGGCUUUCGUUUAUCCAACGAAAUAAACAAAAAGCUACAAAAACAAUGCAGAUAAAGCCCAUUAUUACUUAUUCCGGCUCGUGCCCCCUGUUUCGCUCGUUGGAGGCCCAGAUCCUGAAUGCCAUCCCAUUGGACACUUGCGAGUGGCGACGUAAUUUUCAACGCCCCACAAAACAUGUUCGCCUGGAGGCCCAAGCCCAACAAUUCAACGUUGCUGCCCUGGAGAAGUACAAACAGCGCGACUGGAGCAUUUUGGAGCACCCAAUACUUCACAUCUUUGUCACCGAAUGCAAUGACGUGGACACAUACAAGGCCACUAUCAGAGAGGAGAUCGAUAGCUGGCUUAAGUUAUUAACUAGCUAUGACAUCUCAGACUGGAUGAUUUUGCUGGUGGAAACACUGGACAUACGAAAGACUAAGAACUUUAUGCCACGCACCACGGUGCUAGAUAAAAUACGCCUCGACUUUGGAAGUAAGAACGACGAUCGCUGCAUUUCCGUUCUGAACCCAGCCAAGUUCGAGCAAAAGUCGACGGAGUCCUUCCGCUGCCUGGUGCAGCGCAUCCGUUUCCUAAUGCUCACCAGCUACAACCGCAACAUUGUCAAGUAUGAGGAACUCAUACGAAGCAAGCGUGAAAAGAGGAAUGUUGAUGGCUGGGACUUUCGGCAGUACUUUUUCAUGCAGGAAGAUCUGGCGCUGAUCUUCGAAAAGCUGGAACUGCCCACUGAGGCGCUAAUACAGUACGAUGAACUGGACGCCAUAUUCUCGCAGUUAAUUACGCACAAUGGCCUUAACGAGAAGCAGCAGUGGCUAAACCAUUUUCGACGGCCGUUGGACGCUUUCCAUGGAAUUUGUCUCACCCGGCGGGAUAAGUUUGAGAUGCGCAAUAAGAUCCGUGACGAGGGAGUCUCUCUGUUGGAGUUCCGCAAUUAUCUGUUCGAACGUCAGGCCUAUUUGCUGCUCACCUGCAAUGACAUCCCGGAGAUCGCAAAAAGACUGCUUAACUUCCUUUUUUCCACUCUGCGCGAGGUGGAGUUUAUUAAGCUCGAGUACCAGGAGGGUGCACUCUGUUGCUGGGAGUUUGUCUGCGCUCUGGAGGUUCUGCAACUGUGCGAGCAGGCCAUGGAACCCAACGAGGUUACCUGCUUCCAGCAUUGCGCUCCCAUUUGGAACUUGGCCAAGGACAAGCUCUACGAGCUGGGGAAGUUGUGUGGCCUUCUGCCCGGUUGUACGCCCACUUCAGAGCAGUUGCACAUUGUGGUGCAGCUGUCGUCGGGAAUUGGCGAUGCCCCGCCGGAGCAAAAUCAGUUUCUGCAGGCCACACCGCAACUUCGGGAGCGUUCUCCCAAUCGCAAGCCCAAAAAAUCGGCGACCGAACAGUUAAAGGAGGCUUUGGGCUCUAACCAGGCCUUCCAGAAACUCUACCUGGAACUGGCUGAAUUGGCCAUUAGUACGUACAAGCACGUGGCCCGCUUACGAUCGGCUCGAUUGGUCGGCUUGGAUCUAGGCAAAUUCUAUUGUGCCCUCAAUGAGCCACAUAAGGCAGUUGGGUUCUUUACGGAUCUUUUAAGGGAACUUAAGGCGGAGAACUGGCACACGCUUAGCUCCCAGACGCUUCUCGAGCUAGCCAACUGUUAUCGCAAGAUGGGCGACUCGAUGGCCUACACCAAGACCUGCAGCUCAAUAUCGUGUUGCGCGGAACUGGAGACUCUGGUGCGAACAUUUUAUUUCGACGAGUUUCUCAAGUCGCUGAAAACCUUAAAAACAACUUUGUCGGCGCAGCCGUCCAUGGAGAAUGCCAACUUUUGUGUGCUGGAGGAUCACUUUCGCGUUUUAGACAUUGAUGUCGUUAACCACAAGCCCAUUAUCCAGGAUGAUUUUAUCCUAGUGCAGUUGAAAGUUGAGAGUCUCUAUCCGCGUGGAAUCGUGGCAGAAAGCAUCAAGCUUUGCUAUGAGCUCCAAGCAGCUUCUUUGGAACUGGCAAUGGAGAAUGUCUCUCUGACUGCUCCUCCGUCGGCGAUAAAGACUAAGGAGACCACGUCGCGUUUGAAGGUUUCUCUGCAGCUGGUCUACAAACAGGAUAAUCGCCUGCACUCUGCCGCCGUGGCAUGCGAUUUGCCCAAGAGCAAGCAACCCGUGCGGCGCACUAGUAGUACUAAGCGAAAGCUUUCACCCAGUGUCCAGGCGGACUUUACCAACUUUGUGCAGGCGGAAAACAUUGCCCUUCAGCCAGGCGUCAACUUGAUCGAACUCAAAGCAAAGGCCACUCGAGUGGGCACCUGGCAGUUCAAACAGCUCUGCAUCAGUAUGUCUAGUUUGGAGUUCUUGUCUGAACAACUGCCGUUUACACCACCCAGUUUUGAGAUUAGCACCAAGCCGGCGAGUGCUUCGUUGGAUUUUAAGACUCUGAUAGCCGGCGUUGUGCAGCCCAUCAGUUUGAAUGUUUCCGGCGGCAGUUUCAUAUUUCCGCCUGAUGCCAAAAUCACUUUGCGCUGCUCCAAGAACUUGCGCAUACGCCAGGCGAGGAACACGGAAGACGCAGUAUCCUACAAUGACGAUGCAUCCUUCGAGAGCAUGCUUCAGGUGCCGCUGGUGCAGUUCAAAUCGUUUGAGGAGCGAAGCAUUCCAUUGGAGGUGCUAACGGAUAUGCCUGGCCGAAAGGUGUCUAAGCACCAUGAGCACCAUAUUGCACUCAGUUGCCCGUGGUCGCGCACUGAACUGCCAAUACCUGUCGAGUUUCAACCAGCCAUGGAGGCCACUUGCCGGCUGCACACGUGCGGAACACAGAAGUUUCUGCAGGUGAUCAUGAAGGGCCUGGAUGCACAUCUUCUGCUGCAAAAUGCCCAAGUUAAGUGUGAUGUACCUGGAGUGCAAUUACUCGACCUGAAUCCUGAUCCCAAUCAAUCCAUUGAAAUCUACAAAUCGCUAACUGUCACUUAUCUUUAUGAGAUUCAAGUUGAACCUCUUAAAACCGAACACGAGCUGCCCGUUGUCAAAGUCCAUUUUGUAAUUAAAUAUGCUCCGUUGUCGCAACCGGAGGUUUGGAGAACCUAUGGCUGCGCCUUCGAUCUGGUGGACUACACAACGCUUUUCAAGCUGCAGGCGCAGCUGGAACCCAAUGAGUUGUGCCGCUUGCGCACUGUGUGCAACAUGAACCUGAAGAUUACCAAGGUCCACGAGAAUCCUUACACGGAUCUCAUGUACGAGGUACUCAAUGAUCAGAAUUUGUGGGCCGUCUGCGGUCGUUCAGCGGACAUGGGUGUGGUGUCAAUGAAGGAAGUGGAAAGCCAUUCUAUUUCCUUGGAUGUAAUGCCAUUGAGCACUGGGUUUCUUCCAAUGCCCAGCAUUCGACUGUCCAAAUAUACAGCUGGAGGCAAGAGCAAGACCGAUGGCCACUCAAAGGUGCACCCGUUUCCGCCAGGACAAGUCUACAACUCGACAAAAAGCAUGCAAAUCCAUGUAAUAGCAAGCGUAGCCGGGGAUCAAUGAGAAGCCAAAUUGGAUGUAAAGUAAUUGCAAUGUACUCGUAACAUGUAUGGCCUAUGGUCAAGUAUUAUUAAUUAUUUAUAUCUCUACUAUAAAGUAGUAAAAACU